AUUUUAUUGGUUUCUCUCUCUGUUAGUCUCCGACUUCGUUUUGUCUUCAGCUUUCUCACGCGAAAGCUCUGAUAUCCAUUUCAAAGAUUUUGCCUUCGAUCUGAUCACGAGAGAUUCAGUGUUUGUUUUGCGUAGUCAAUUCCAGAUUCCAGAGUUUGUUGCUCAGUCUUCUACUUUGUGGCCCGUGUUUUGUAUGGUUCACGGAUCUUUGGAGAUUCCGAAAUUGGGGGCGAUUUCUAUUCUAGGGUUUCGGUAAAUUUUACCGUUUCUGGGAUAAAUUCUUCCGUUAGAUUGAUUCAUUCCUUUCGAGCUCGCAUCUCAGGUUGUCUGAUAUUUCAAGUUUCGUAGUAUCUGAUUUGAAGCUCAUUUCGUUGGAGGAGGUUGAAAUUCGGGUCGCGAAGAGCUGUGCCGAUUCAGCUAUAGGAGAUGCAUAUGGUCUAUUGCAAAUGGUGAAUUGUGAAUUUUAGAAGCGAGUGAAAUUAUAUUUGUGGAAAUUAUUGCCAAAAGAAUGGUUGAGAGUGCUGCGUUCCCAGGAGGAUAUUAUCCGAAUACUUUUGAAGCGCCCGAUGAAUCAGAGGGCUCUGGAAGCUCCGCGCAGAUUGAUACCGAGGUUACCGCAUCUGAGAAUUCAAGCACUCCCGCACGAAAGUGUAUUAGGUUGAAUUAUAAUGAUGAAGAUCCUUAUGGUGUCCAGAGACAAGUCAUUUCCUUGUAUAACAUGUCACAGUCUGAGAGGAAGGAUUUGAUUUAUCGUCUCAAACUGGAGCUGGAGCAGACAAAGAUUGUUCUUAAGAAUGCUGAGUUGCAGAGAAUGAACCCAGCUUUUGUGUCGUCUACUAGUGAUAGGGUGGGUUUUAGCACUGCUCAGAAACUAUCAUCUCGACUCAGCAAUUUGAAGACGCCAUCUGAUUUUGCAACGGGGCCAGGAAAGAAAGUUCGGCAUCAGACUGGGACUUCUCGUGGAUGGAACCGUGGCUCCUCGGGGAAGUUUGAAUCUACGAAAGAGUCUAUGGCUAGCGCUCCUAACAUGACACUGAUGAAGCAAUGUGACACGCUGCUGAAAAAACUGUGGUCCCAUCCGCAUGCUUGGGUUUUUCAGGCGCCUGUUGAUGUAGUGAAACUAAACAUACCUGACUAUCUCACUAUUAUCAAACAUCCCAUGGACUUAGGGACGGUAAAGAAGAACUUAGCGUCUGGUGUAUACUCAAGCCCACAUGAGUUUGCUGCCGAUGUGAGGCUUACAUUUACCAAUGCAAUGACAUAUAACCCACCAGGACAUGAUGUUCACAUUAUGGGGGAUAUUCUUAGCAAAUUGUUUGAAGCGCGGUGGAAAACGAUUGAAAAGAAAUUACCAGCGUGUAGCAUGCGAACGUUGCCUGCAAUUACAUUGGAACCCAUUGAUGAAAGGAAAGCUGCUAUUUCUGUCCCUCCGGCAAAGAAGAGGAAGAUGGCUUCACCCCUUAGAGAGGGUGUUCUUGAACCCGUGAAGCCACUUAUGACAGCAGAGGAGAGGCAUAGAUUGGGGAGACAACUCGAGUCACUACUGGACGAACUUCCUGCACAGAUCAUUGACUUUUUGAAGAAACACAGUUCAAAUGAAGGAGAAAUUGCAGAAGACGAAAUCGAGAUAGACAUUGAUGUUCUCAGUGAUGAAGUACUGCUCACUCUUCAAAAGCUUCUAGAUGAAUAUAUCCAAGAUAAAGAAGCGAAGCAGUCGAAUGUUGAACCAUGCGAAAUAGAGCUUCUUAAUGGAUCCGGGCCGAGCAGUUCGUCCCUGCAACGAGGAAAUGAAUUGGCUGAUGAGUAUGUUGGUGGAAACGAACCUCCUAUCGCAGGGAGCUCCAGUGAUUCUGAGUCUGGUAGCUCCGAAGAUCAAUCCGAUGACCCUAAACCCAUGAUGCAAGAGAAUUCUUCCAAGAUGCCUGAAACUGCAAAUUCUGAGGCGCAGAGAAAUGAAGAUACGAGACCUGAUGAUCUUUUUGAUGGAAGUCAAUCUACUGGUGCCCCGGAGCAGAUGGAUAUUUGUGCUCAGCAAAAGCGUAGUUAUGAUGAAUCAGAUGGUCAAAAUGAUGGAAAUAUAUUAAAAACUCAGGCUUCAUCUGAGAAGCGGUAUAGAGCUGCGCUGUUGAAGAACCGAUUUGCAGAUAUCAUUCUAAAAGCACGCGAGAAAACACUUCCACAGAUCAGUAAUAAGGGAGAUCCAGAAAGGCUGCGUAAGGAAAGAGAAGAACUCGAACUGCAGAAGAAGAAAGAGAGAGCGCGGCUACAAGCUGAGGCAGAGGCUGCUGAAGAUGCUCGUCGUCAGGCUGAAGCAGAGGCUGCUGCAGAAGCUGCUGCUGAGUCUAAGCGGAAAAGAGAACUCGAAAGAGAAGCUGCACGCCAAGCUUUAUUGAAGAUGGAGAAAACUGUAGAGAUCAACGAGAACUCACGGUUCCUCGAGGACCUAGAGAUGCUGAGUUCGAGUGCACCUGAGCAAUUACCAAGCUCGGCCGAUGAAAUCAGCCCCGAGAGACCUUUAGACGCACUUGGAAGCUUCAACCUCAGAGGAAGUAACCCUCUGGAGCAACUCGGACUGUACAUGAAACAAGACGAUGAUGAAGAAGAACCUGAGGCUCCUGCUGUUCCAAGCCUAGCCACCGACGUGGAAGAAGGUGAAAUCGAUUGAAGUAAAGUGUAUAUAGAUAAUAUGUACAUGCAUAAAACAAUAGCCAGGGCAGGUACACUUAGUGUAUGAUUAUAUAUUUAAAAAAAAAAAAAAAAGAGUCCAGACCAUUGUUUGUGUAAGAAUCUAUCUUCACAUUUGUUCUUGAUGAAUGGUUCUCUAUGCUGAAUCUACUACCAUAAUGAUUCUCUA